UGAGGAGAGUUCUGGGAAACUAAACAUGAUGUAUAACGUGUGCGCCCGCAUUCACGUGUAGUGUAGUCUAUCAUAACCAUGGCAGGGAGUGUGAGGAGACCGGAGCAGACUGGACCCGCAGAACUGUUUUACAAUGAAGCUGAAGCUAGAAAAUACACCCACAACUCCCGUAUUAUAGAGAUUCAGUCCCAGAUGUCGGAGCGUGCUGUGGAGCUCCUGUGCCUACCUGAGGAUCAGCCCUGCUAUCUUCUGGAUGUCGGCUGUGGCUCUGGUCUGAGUGGAGACUACAUAUCCGAGCAGGGGCAUCACUGGGUUGGAAUUGACAUCAGCACAGCCAUGUUGGAUGUGGCAGUAGAGCGUGAAGUAGAGGGGGACUUGAUCCAUGGGGAUAUGGGGCAGGGUAUUCCAUUCCGGCCUGGAACAUUUGACGGGUGCCUCAGUAUUUCUGCUCUGCAGUGGCUCUGUAAUGCCGAUAAGAAGACCCACAAUCCUCCGCGACGGCUCUUUCGCUUCUUCUCUACUCUUUACUCUGCACUGGCCCGGGGGGCUCGUGCAGUCCUGCAGUUGUAUCCUGAGAAUGGAGAGCAGCUAGAACUAGUAACGGCUCAGGCGAUGAGAGCUGGAUUUACUGGUGGCAUGAUAGUGGACUAUCCUAACAGCAGCAAGGCUAAAAAGUUUUUCUUGUGCCUGUUUGCUGGUGUAUCUGGAGUGUUGCCUAAGGGUCUGGGAGAAGAGUCCGCAGGACAAGUAUCAAGACAUCAGGCAACAUUUACAAAUGAAAGGUUACGAUUUAAAAACGUCCGAGGGAAAUCGGUGAAGAAAAGCAGAGACUGGGUACUGGAGAAGAAGGAACGACGUAGACGACAAGGAAAGGAAGUUCGUCCAGAUACAAAGUUUAGUGGACGCAAGAGAAGACCUCAUUUUUAGCGCCCAUUCAGUGACUCUUUUCCUUGUGGGAAGACUUUGCAAUGUGCUGCAUACGAUAGACUGUACGUUGUCUCUAUUCUAUGGAGUUGAAGUGCCUUCGAUAAAAUUAUCUUGGACACCUCCCUGCAAAUCAAAUGUCAAGCUAAAACUAUAGACAACGAGUGUAUUGAUUAAACCUUUAUAGGCCACUG